CCGGAGGGCGGGGGGGCCAUCCCCUUCUCCGCCAGCAAGGCCAGUCCGCGGGUGUGGAGCGUCAGCCGGUCUAUGGGGAGUGACCACGAGAGGCCGUGGGGGAAGGUGCUGCCUGUCAGUCUGCUGGGCGCUGGGCUGUUGCUCUGGUGUGUGUUAAGGGAAAAAACGGAGAUUGAUGAGCGAUUGGAAGCAGUUUUCUCCGGUCAGAUCGUGGACUCUUUAGAUGUGGCCCAAAAAAGCAAUGCUCCCGUGCAACCGCAGAAGGAGAAGUGUUUGUCUUGUCGGCAGCAUUUUGUUGUUAAAAGCACCGACUAUGAGGCCAUCAGCUGGAGCUCGCUGAAGCAGCUCUGCGUGCUCGUUCUAAGACACACCUUCUCCACGGCGUUGGAGGACACAGACUGUGUAGUCGGACACACUUGCGGCUGCAUCACGUCCAAGAACACAGGCUCGCCCAAGGCUCCGCGGGCACCCUGGCGCGGACAGGCCUUCCCCGACCACGCAGGGCUUCCUCGCGCGCGCUGA